AUGAAGCAUUGUCAUAGAAGGAGUCGUAAGUCUGAUGAAGAUGGAGGUUCAAAUGUUCACACUAAGGUGUUGAUUGAUUUCAUGUCAAAGGAUAGUGACACAACUGGAGAAGGGAUAGUAAACAAAGAGAACACAUUCUCUUGUAACUAUUGCAAGAGAGAGUUUUCUACCUCACAAGCUUUAGGAGGCCACCAAAAUGCACAUAAGCAAGAACGUGCUCUUGCAAGACGACGUCAAGGUUCUGAAGUGAGUGGGUUAGGACAUUUUCCUUAUCACCCUUAUUAUCCAACCUUUUAUAACUCUCAUUCUCUUGGGUCUUUUAGAACACCAGGGAUCCGAACUGACUCCAUGAUUCAUAAGAUUCCUUGGGCUUCAAGGUAUGAACAUGCAUUCUUUAAAAAGAAUCACGGAACAUCAAUGUUUGAUGGGUUUGACAUUAUGAAAAGUGAUUAUCCAAUCAAGAAAAGUUAUACAUCUCCAAAUUUUAAGAUAGAUGAUGAGGAGGAUAAAACCUACAGUGAAACACUCUCCCUUUUUCCUACAGUUCCAAGCCAACUCAGAAAUAUGCAAACACUCGCAGUACCAGUAAUUGAUUAUCACUCCACUCAAAGAGAAACUUCUCAUCAAGAGUCUUACAAUCUUGAUUUGACACUCAAGCUUUAA